AUGUUGCUCAAACUAUUAGUUCUAAUAUUAGUUAUUUCAGUAGUGGUCGUUGAUAGUCGAUCAAGACGAAAACGUCGGCAAACAUCAUCAUUUGGAUCUAACACAGGUAUAUACGGAACAGGAUACAAUACGGGAAGUUAUUAUGGAAGUUAUCCUAGUGGUUCGAACUACAACAAUGGACUACAACCGUAUAAUAAUCAAAAUUAUGGAUAUGGAAGUAAUUCUGUGUACGGUAAUACUGGCGUGGGAAGUUAUGGAUAUGGAACCAAUUCUGGAUACGGUAAUACGGGAGUGGGAAGUUAUGGAUAUGGAACCAAUUCUGGGUACGGUAAUACUGGGUUAGGUUAUGGAUAUCAGAAUACAGGUCAAAAUAAUAUUCCGUAUAAUCCAGCAUACGGUACUAAUUAUAUUGGCACGAAUACUGGUUAUAAUGGCUAUAACACUGGUAUGGGCAUAAACGGUUACAAUAGUAAUCAGUACGGAUAUCCAAAUUCAGCUAAUACUAAUUAUGGAUAUAACGGUUAUAAUCCAAGUGGUUCAAAUUAUUAUGGGACAGGAUAUAAUAGCAAUUCUCUUCCUAAUGGUGCCUACUCGGGAUCAAGUGGUAAUGGAUUUUAUAAUACCGGAAAUCCCUGGUAUGUAUCGGGCGCUAUUGGAUCAAGUAAGAUGAAACCAGUUGGACGUAAAGCGGAUACAAGUGGUGCUAUACAAGCAUCAGCUAACGGAUUAAAUGAAAAUGUUAAUGCUGCUGGCUCACAAGGCAAUUCUUAA